AUGGGUUUUGCCCAGAGUUCAGAAAUGGGUACGGAGAGGAGAGAGAAAGGGAAAGGAGUUGUCACUGUCGACGAAAGCCCUAACUCCGAUGAUGAUCUUUUGGACCAGUACGAGAUUGUGGACUUCAUGUUUCUUGUUGAGCAAGAAACGGAGGGUGCCCAGGUUCAGAACGGGACCCCUAAUGUCAAUUCCGAGGCCGGAGUACGGUCGGAGGGAUCGUCGGAGAAGGAGGGAGAAGGAGGCGCCGGCAGCUCGUCAAAGAUAAGGCCUUGCCUUUUCAUCACCGCCGACCAGCGGCCCCGUCUUCGCUGGACUGUCGAGCUCCACACUUCCUUCGUCAAUGCCGUCAUGAAACUUGGCGGACCAAACAGGGCGACGCCUAAGACCAUCAUGGAAAUCAUGGAAGUUGAAGGCCUUGCUCUUCACCAUGUGAAAAGCCACCUUCAGAAAUUCAGACUUGGGAAAUGUAUCGUUAAGGAGUGGCCUGAACAACCGAAAAAACGUUCUCGGGCCAUUAGACGAGCCGCGAGAGCAGCAUGUGCUUCUACCAGUGCUCCUCGGCCUCAAGUUGACAUAUUGCCGAAAAUUGCACCAAGACCACCUCUGACACCAACGGAUAUUCAAGGAUCACUCUACAUGAAAUUGGAGGCCGACAUGCAUCUGAAGAGAUGUCUCGAAGUUCAAAGAAUGCAAAUGGAAAGUAGUAAUCAGCAGAUGGAGGAACAACGACAACACUCCAUUGAAACAGCUUCUUCUUCUCAGUUUCAUGAUUACAACAGCCAUUACAAUCCGACGACGUUCUCAGCUCCUCCAACUCAGGAGCUCGAUCAAGAACCAUCAUGCUACAACAUGAUGUCGGAUUCAUAUGGCUUCCCUCAACAUGUGAUGGAUCAUCCUUUUCCAAUCCCCGAGCCACAACCCAUGAUGGACCAUCAUCAACAUGAUCAGCUUCAACAUCACCAACUCUUGCAGCACGACAAUGGGUAUUCCAUUCAUGAUCCUUGGUACAACGUGUCUGCUCCAUUACCAACACCGGCUGGACCGUUUGAUCAUGGUUUCCCCCCAACCAUGGCGAAUCCUUGUCCGAUCUACGAGUCGCCACAUCUCAUGUACGGCCAAACUCAGGAGACUGCACCACCUGGUUUGACCCUUCAACAAGACAUGGCUGACCUUUAUCAUCCAUCGUAUGAUCCUUAUCCCAUGUACGAUCGGACAACGGUCACGGCUCCUCAGUUGCAGCCAUGGUUCAGUAACGGUUUCUCCGUUCAAGACCCUUCACCGUCACAUCUGUACGGUCUACCGCCUCACAACAUGGCUGAUCCUUGUCCUGGUCCGACAAGGUCUGCCACUGGUCAGGUUCCGCCACAGUUCAACACCAGCGGUUCCAUUCAAGACCAUGCACCGUUACAGAUAUCCGGUUUAACCCCUCGAGCCAUGCCUGAACCUUCUUACCCAACGUACGGUCCAUGUCCCAUGACCGGCCUGACCACGCCCACACCCACCACCGGUCAGAUAAUGCAGCCACAGUUCAACAACAGCUACCCCAUGCAGGAGCCUCUGACCGUGACGAACCCUCGUCCAGUGUACGGACAACGGUCGUACCCUCCGUACAACACGCUCGAGAUGGUGAAAAUUCAGCUCGAGGCGGAGGCAGCAGCGGCAGCGGCACGACGGUCAGAGGGCACGAGCCGAACUCCUCCUCAAGAGAUAAUGGCCGAGCCGAGUGGGCCCACCUCAGUUGCUGCUGUUCCAACGUUAACGGAGAAUAUGGCGGAUCAUGUCGUGGACGAGUACAUUGACUGGGACAAAGUCGGGGAAGUGAACGAAGUGGAAUUUGAUCCGGUCGAGUUCCUCAUCUCCUUUGGAUUCGGAUCGUAACUUUUACUCGAAGGAAAUGUACGACCUAUAUAUAAAACACACACCCAUAUAUAUAGGUCAGUACGUACUUUCGUAUAUGUGUUACGGUGACCGUCGUCCUCGUAGAAUGUCUGUACAUGUAUCCAUGCUUGAGUCUGAGGUUGUAACUUAUGGUUUGGUCCGGUUUAUUUCGGAUGUAAGAAAUUCGAAUCCAAUUGAACCAUACCAAACCAAACUGUAUUAUGUAGUGUACAAUAUAAAUAUAAUCU